GUGCUGUCCUCCGGGUAACAGCACUUCCUAAACACAACACUGGAAGCUCGUCCCUGAGGACGUAAGAAGACCCGCCUUUAAAAGGGAAGACCGUGCUGGUCUUUUCCAUCAUGGCCUCCGCCUCUGAGGAGACUGUCCAUGUAGAGGAGGUGGUGGUGGUGACGACGCCGGACAGCUCGGCUCAGAGUCCGUCAGUGGAGGACAUGAAGAACAUGCUGGAGACCGCAGACCUGCAGCAGGCCGAGGUGGAUAACAUGGAGCAGAGUUUAGAGCCGGAAUCCAGUCCCACCAUCUCUCUGCCUAAAGAAGCAGUGCUAGUGAAGCUCUCGGCAGACAUGGAUAUGGAGACAGACAUCCUUUAUCAGAUCACCUGCGGAGACAGCAAGGCCGACCUGGUGUGGAAAAAAUUCGUCUGCCCCGGCAUCAACGUCAAAUGCGUGCAGUUCAACAAUCACCUGAUCAGUCCAAAGGAGUUUGUGUACCUGGCUGGAAAAUCCACGCUGAAAGACUGGAAGAGAGCGAUCCGGCUGAACGGGACAAUGUUAAGGAAGAUCAUGGACUCUGGAGAGCUGGAUUUCUACCAGCACUCGAAGCUGUGCUCCAACACGUGCCGCAGCACCAAGAUCGACCUGGUGGGGACGCGAGCGUCUCUCAGCAGCCAGGUGUCCACCGAGACCGCACCGACUCCGUCUUCCACUGAAGUCCAAACAGUGAAUGGAUCCUCAGCCACGUUUACAACAGAAAGCUCAGAAGACAGCACCGAGUGGGUCACGGCUAUAGGAGAGGACACCAUGACAUUUUGGAAAGGUCUGAAGGAUGCUGGACUGCUGGAGGACAUCGUGGAGAACGUGCAGAAAGAGAUCGAGGAGAUCCUCAAAGGCCUGGAGGAACGUGUCCAAGAACCUCCGCUACAGGUCAAAGACGCAGUUCUGCUUAACAACAUCGUUCAGAACUUUGGGAUGCUGGACCUGGUGAAGAAAGUGCUGGCCAGCCACAAGAGCGAAAUGGAUCGCUGCAGGGAACAGUACACUCAAAGCUUAGCAGCUCUGGAGCGCCAGUGUGACGAACACCGCAAGCGUGCCAAGGAACUAAAGAGCAAAUCCCAGCACCUCAACAACGUCCUGAUGAACCUGACCCCCGCAGCCACACCCACACCUCCAAAACGUCCCCGCCUCACCCGCGCCAUCUCCGGACCCGCCUCAAUGAUGGCUCCACCUGCUCAGCCCACUCAAAUCACCCUGCCCGUCACCCAGCUUACAGGCAUCCCGCUGGACAAAAUCCUGUCAGCCGUGGGAGGCUCCGCCCCUAACCAGGCACCCUUUAUAGGGAGCUACACAUUCCUGACAUCUCCAGGAGGAGCAGAACUGCAGCCCGACACGUCGAACCUCACCGUGCUGAGCUCGGAUGUGGCAGGGGGCUCUGCCAUCGUUAAAGUGAUCAGUCCCUUUCAGUUGGUCACGCUGCCCACUCUGGGACCCGGAACCACGCUGCAGAACCUGGCAGCACCAGCAGGGGGCAGCACGGUCGUUGCAGUGCCUGUAGGUACCUCUACGGUGGAGACGAUGGGAGCUCAGCCAGAGGAGACAGCCGAGGGGAUCGCUGAGCAGCAAAGCAAAGACAAGCAGUAGACUCGAUAAGAUUAACCUGGAUGGAAAUUAGUUUUUUUUUUCUCUGUCAAAUAAGAAACUGUAAGAAGGUUUUCAGUUAAAUUAAAAGACUGAAAGUG